AUGUCUUUUUACUACAGUAUAUUCCUAAUAGGUGAAGUGCUCAAACGACGGUGGAAGAACCUUCGAGAUGGAAUGAUGCGAUGCCUGAAGAAAACAAACGUGGGGCAAAAGUCUGAUGCAGGUGCUUCAAAAAUGCCAACAUGUAAGCUAUUUGACCAACUUUUCUUUCUACGUGAUUGUGUAUCAAACCGAGAAACAACUAGUAAUAUCACCUUGCCAAGUGCAAGCCCAGUUAAUGAUUCAAUAUGUGAAGACAGUCCAAAUCAUAAUAUCCCACCAUCCACAGAAGCAUCAACACCAAAAGAAAAAAUUUCAACACCAGAUGAGAAAGCAGCAAAACGAAAAUUAGACCUUCAAGAUAGUGGAACUAAGAAUAAACCUUAUGGUCGUAUAAGCAAACGUGCUGAUAAACAGGAUAAAAUGACUUAUAGCUUGUAAGUCAAAAACCGAAGACCAAACUAAAGAAAAUAGCGAAAGCUCGAAAAGUUCAAACCAGCUGUUUUGUGAUAGCAUUGUUGAAAUACUGGACAAACUACCACCAAAGAAAAACGGGAUGGCAAGAGUGGAAAUACAGCAAGUUCUGAUGAAACAUGAGUUUGAUAUUGAUGACUGA